CCGGUGCAUGUGGGAAAGGAAGCAGAAACACGUGUUUUUAUACUUUUCAGCAGAAAUAUCCAAUUAUUCCGUGAAUACUCCUUGAUUUUCACUGUUAGUUAGUGUAUUCGUUAAAUCUACAUACAUACUGCGUGUGCUGAAUUGCGCCACAUUGUAACAUUGUGCUGUGCUGUGAGUUAUAUCAAUCCGAAAAUGACUGAAGAAAAAGUAGCUGAUGUUGCCGCGGAAAACAAUGGAAAAGAGGAGAAAGAAGAAAAUGGGGCGAAAACCGAGCCCAUGGAUGAAGCUGAACUGGAGAGCGCUAUAAUUCGGCAGGUCGAAUAUUAUUUCGGUGACCUCAACCUUCCACGUGACAAGUUCCUCCGGGAGCAGGUGAAGCUGGACGAUGGCUGGAUACCGUUCGAGAUCCUCAUCAAGUUCAAUCGGCUCGCCAAGCUCACUACAGACCUGGAGCUCAUUGCUAAGCUGCUAGGGAGGUCCAGAAGCGGUCUACUCGAGAUUUCAGAAGACAACAAGAAAGUCCGCCGAAGCCCCGAGAUGCCCCUACCCGAGAUGAACGAAGAGCGCCGUAAGGAAGUCCAGGGCCGCACGGUCUACGCCAAAGGUUUCCCCAAGGACGCUUUGCUGGAUGAUGUCCUGAAGUACUUCAAACAGUUUGAGGAGGUGGACAACGUCAUCAUGAGGAGGUACCAGGACAACAAGACUAAGAAGCGGCUGUUCAAGGGAUCGGUGUUUGCCACGUUCAAGACUAAAGAACAGGCGCAGAAGUUCCUGGAUCAGAGCGGCGUGAAGUACGGCGAGAGCGAGCUGGUGAGGAAGUGGCAGGAGACUUACGUGGCCGAGAAACAGCAGGAGUACGCCGCCAAGAAGGAGAAAAAGGACAAGAAACCCAAGAAUGUCGAACAGGAGCCUCCCCAGGACGAGUUAAAGCUGCCGGCCGGCACGGUGCUGCACAUCGACCACGACAACAACAAACUCAAGCGGGAAGACAUCAAGGAAGCCUUCGCCAAGUUUGGUGAAUACGAAAUAGCGUACGUAGACUCGAACCUCGGCGACACGCAGGGCUGGGUACGGUUCGCCAAAGAGAACGCCGCCAAAGAGAUCUUCGAGAAAAUCCCCGAUGGAAAAAUCUCAGUCGCAGACACAGAAAUAACUGUCAAACUCCUCGGGGAAGAGGAAGAGGUCGCUUACCUGACGAAAACCAUCGAACACAUGAGGAAGAGGAGAUUCAACUAUAAGAAUAAUAAGCACCAUAAUAAGGGAAGGAAUUUCAAGGGGAAACAGGGGAGGAAACGCAGGCAAGAUCAGCAUGAUGACGCCCCAUCGGCAAAAGUUAAAGCUGACAGCUAAAUUAAAUAGUUCAUUUUCCAUCGAGUUGAAAGA